CCGAGACUAAAUCGUGCCAGUCAGAUAAGCAUGGCAUCGCUCAGUAAGCCCGGCGAGCCAACUCGUUACUUUAUCUCCGCCCUACCAGUCCUCCUUGUUACUUACACCUCUGCCGCCCGUUCCUUCAUUCCAUCUUAGUUAUGUCGACAACCACAUGAAAUGUACUCUUUCUUCUCUUGUUAGUCUUCUCGCACUGACCGACUUUGUGCCUACCAAUGGCCCUGGCCGCUCGGUUUGAACACAUCACGCCUCACAGAGCACUUCGCCGCGUAGACCCGCCUGCCUGAGCCGAUAUUCUUCCUCUGGGACCACGACCCUGUGCUAAUAUGCGAUUUCUGCCCAUAGUAAACAAGGCUCGGAAGCCCAAAUUUGAUGUACAUCUCAAGAUUUCGGACCUCAACAAUGUGCCACUUGUCUCGGGCAUGUCCAUGAUCAAAUGGCACCUCCCACACAGCAUACAUGGGGAGCACCGAGGGCGGACAUCAAAAUGCCCAAUUCUCAAUCACCGAGUUGAGUACAACUACUCCAAGGUCAUACCCGUGCGCAUCGGUAUCGACCGCAACAACAACCUGGUCGAGUGCCCCAUCGAGUUUGAGGUUGUGCAGGAGUUCAGUGCCGGCGGGCGAGACGAAAAGAUUACGCUGGGCACCAUCCGUCUCAAUCUCAGCGAGUAUGUCGAGGAAAGCGAAGCAGUGCUGCGCCAUGGGAGCACCGUCAACUCCAUCAAGGACGCGCUUAGCUCGCCCGUCCAAAAGUCGGGCCACCACCGCAAGCGCAGCUCGCUGAGCAACAUCGUGCCCGCGGCAGCCGAAUCGAGCCCUCGCACUUCCCGCGACGAGGACCGCCCGACAAGUGACAUCGUCCAGGAUGGCGUCGUCCGGCGGUAUCUCAUGCAGGACAGUAAGAUCAACUCGACACUCAAGAUCAGCAUCCUGAUGGUUCAAGUUGAGGGGGAGCACAACUACAACGCGCCUCCACCAAAGUCGGCCCCCGUGUUCGGCGGCAUCGCCGGCUUCGUAGCAGGUGACGCCGCGUUCGAGCCCGUCGACCCCGGCGCAACCGGCGCCGGCCACGUGCCCUCCUCGUUCAGCGGCAAGUCGCGCGAUAUGUUUGAGCUCCAAGACAUGUACCGCCGCGCCCUGGCCGCGAGCUGGGCAAGCCAGCCUGGCGAAUUGCCGGCCGACCAGUGCAUCGAAGACAUCUUUGCCGGGGGCGAGGGCUUCGCGGUGCCGCCGUCGUCGUCAAAAGCCGGCCACGCGCGAGGACAAUUAAAGCACCACACAACAGCAGUAGCCUCCCACGGGAAAAAGGGCGCCCAGGUAGGACCAGACGACGACACUUCUCCGCAGCAGCACCACACUAGAAGUAGGAACCUACGACGAGAAGAUAGCGGCGGCUCCGUCUCGGACGACGAAGAGAACAAUAACGGCGACAUGAUGGGCACCCUCCGGCCGCGCGACCUGGCCCGUCUGCGGCGCCACCUCCACCACCUGCGAGACCAGAGCGUCGCAAGCGACCGGAGCACGGCCACCGUGUUGGGCGGCGACCGCGACCGGGACCGGGACCUAGACCGCGAGUCCAGCCGCGGCAUUGGGAUUUCCGGCAGUGGGUCGCUGCUUCGGGAACCGUUCCCGUCGUUCCACCAGCAUCGCCGCGAGGAGAGCAAGAUUACCCAUGACGGCGGCGGGCUGCGGAGUCGCAGUUCGAGUCUGGUUAGCCUGGCAACGACGCUGGGUACAGGUAGCGAGCGGAAUAGGGGGAGGGAGGGGCUCAAGCGGGCGAGGGAGGUGGAUGAGUUUGAGGUGAGGGAUGAUCUGGUUGCUUGGACUAUUCCGGGGACUCGGCUGUAGGCGGGCAUGUGGUGCCUGGUUAGCGAGGAGACAUGUGAGACAGGUGACUGUGAGGUCAGCUCGGCGUUCAAGGUCGAUGGUUGCGUUGAAAUGGUCAGUUAUCUUGAUGUGAAUAUGAUAUGUCAUCGCUUGGCGGUCA